AUGGCUAUCGAAAUUGAAUCGGCAGAUGUCGUACGUCUUAUUGAACAAUAUCUAAAAGAGAGUAAUCUCAUUCGCACGCUGCAAGUUCUGCAGGAAGAAACUGGCAUCUCUCUCAAUACAGUGGACUCUGUUGAAACUUUUAUGAGCGAAAUAACGAGCGGUCACUGGGACACAGUCCUUAAAGUAGUUCAGAACCUCAAAUUGGCUGAUCACAAGCUAAUGGACUUGUACGAACAGAUUGUAAUUGAAUUGAUUGAAUUACGAGAGUUAGGUGCCGCUCGAACCCUCUUGAGGCAAACAGAUCCCAUGAUUUUGCUUAAACAAAAUCACCCAGAUCGAUACGUUCAUUUGGAGAAUCUGCUUGCGCGCUCCUACUUUGACCCGAGGGAGGCGUAUCUUGAAGGUCAGACGAAGGAAAAGCGUAGACAAGCUAUCGCUUCGGCUCUUUCAGGGGAGGUUAGCGUUGUGCCCCCAUCUCGUCUUCUUGCCCUUUUGGGUCAAGCUGUUAAAUGGCAACAGCACCAGGGUCUUCUGCCCCCCGGUACCGCUAUUGACGUUUUUAGAGGCAAAGCAGCUGUCCGGGAGCAAGAAGAAGAAAAACCACCCACUCAGCUCUCGGCUGCAAUAAAGCUUGGACAAAAGUCCCACGUCGAGUGUGCCUUGUUUAGUCCCGAUGGCCAAUACCUUGUGACUGGUUCAGUAGACGGUUUCAUAGAAGUGUGGAACUUCAUAACUGGAAAACUUCGGAAAGAUUUACGAUACCAGGCUCAGGAAAACUUUAUGAUGAUGGAGGAGGCUGUUCUAUGCCUUGCCUUUAGUCGUGACUCCGAACUCCUAGCCUCCGGUUCUCAGGAUGGGAAGGUAAAAAUCUGGCGCAUACAGUCAGGCCAAUGCCUUCGCCGGUUCGACAAAGCGCAUGCGAAAGGUGUUACAGCCGCUCAUUUUUCAAAAGAUAAUGUACAUCUGCUAACAGCUAGUUUUGAUCACACCAUCAGAAUACAUGGAAUGAAAUCAGGCAACUUACUGAAGGAGUUUAUCGGUCACACUGGUUUUGUUAACGAUGUGGCUUUCACAAUGGACGGCCAUCACGUUCUAAGUGGCAGUUCAGAUGGCUCUGUGCGCGUGUGGUCCGUUCGGACCACUGAAUGUAUCAAUACUUUCAAGGCUAUUUCAGGUCUGGUCGGCCGCGAAGUCCCCGUUCAGUGUGUUCAGCCAAUGCCUCGAAAUACUGAGCAAUUUGUCGUCGUGCGAAGUUUCACAAACGGCAAACGAGAGGGUGGUGAUUUCAUUGCUUGUUCGGUCAGUUCUCGCGGUGAAUGGAUUUACUGUGUCUGCGAGGACCGGCUACUCUACUGCUUUAACGUUGCUGCGGGUGGUCGGCUAGAACGCACGUUACCGGUACGUUACUGA